GUGUUAGUGAUGGAGGAGAGAAGAUGGCGGAAGCGGAGUAUCCAAAGGCUUUUCAGUGGUUUGGCCGGUUCCGCUCACCGAUGUUUAGAAUUGUGCCUACAGUUUGGAUUCUCUGUGACCAUUUUUGACUUAAGGACCACAGUACAGCUAUGGAUAGUGAACCAAACCCUGGAACAUCAUCUGCGUCAACAACAACCAGUAGCACCACCACUACCACCAUCACCACUUCAUCCUCUCGAAUGCAGCAACCACAGAUCUCUGUCUACAGCGGAUCAGACCGACAUGCUGUACAGGUAAUUCAACAGGCAUUGCAUCGCCCCCCCAGCUCAGCUGCUCAGUACCUUCAGCAGAUGUAUGCAGCUCAGCAGCAGCACCUAAUGCUGCACACUGCAGCUCUUCAGCAGCAGCACUUAAGCAGCUCCCAGCUCCAGAGCCUUGCUGCCGUUCAGGCAAGUCUAUCCAGUGGAAGACCAUCUACGUCCCCCACAGGAAGUGUCACACAACAGUCAAGUAUGUCCCAGACAUCUAUCAACCUCUCCACUUCUCCUACACCUGCACAGUUAAUAAGCCGUUCCCAGGCUUCCAGUUCUACCAGCGGCAGUAUUACCCAACAGACUAUGUUGCUAGGGAGUACCUCCCCUACCCUAACUGCAAGCCAAGCUCAAAUGUAUCUCCGAGCUCAAAUGCUGAUUUUCACACCCGCUACCACUGUGGCUGCUGUACAGUCUGACAUUCCUGUUGUCUCGUCGUCAUCAUCUUCCUGUCAGUCUGCAGCUACUCAGGUUCAGAAUUUAACAUUACGCAGCCAGAAGUUGGGUGUGCUGUCUAGCUCACAGAAUGGUCCUCCAAAAAGCACUAGUCAAACUCAGUCAUUGACAAUUUGUCAUAACAAAACAACAGUGACCAGUUCUAAAAUCAGCCAGCGAGACCCCUCUCCGGAAAAUAAUAGGAAAGGAGAAAGCCCAAGUCUGGAGUCAAGAAGCACCGCUGUCACCCGGACAUCAAGUAUUCACCAGUUAAUAGCACCAGCUUCAUAUCCUCCAAUUCAGCCUCAUCCUCUAAUAAAACAUCAGCAGAUUCCUCUUCAUUCAUCACCUCCCAAGGUUUCCCAUCAUCAGCUGAUACUACAACAGCAGCAACAGCAAAUUCAGCCAAUCACACUCCAAAAUCCAACUCAAGAUCCGCCCCCAUCCCAGCACUGUCUACCACUCCAAAACCAUGGCCUUCCUCCAGCUCCCAGCAAUGCCCAGUCACAGCAUUGUUCACCAAUUCAGAGUCAUCCUCCUCCCUUAACAAUGUCUCCUAGCCAGUCACAGUCAGCACAGCAGUCUGUGGUGGUAUCUCCUCCACCACCUCAUUCACCAAGUCAGUCUCCUACUAUAAUUAUUCAUCCACAAGCACUUAUUCAGCCACACCCUCUUGUGUCAUCAGCUCUCCAGCCAGGGCCAAACUUGCAGCAGUCCACUGCUAAUCAGGUGCAGCCGACAGCCCCGCUGAAUCUUCCAUCCCAUCUUCCACUUUCAGCUUCCCCUGUUGUACACAUUGGCCCAGUUCAGCAGUCGGCCUUGGUGUCCCCAGGUCAGCAGAUUGUGUCUCCAGCAUCACACCAGCAAUAUUCAGCCCUGCAGUCCUCUCCAAUCCCAAUUGCAACCCCUCCACAAAUGUCGACAUCUCCUCCAGCUCAGAUUCCACCACUGCCCUUGCAGUCUAUGCAAUCUUUACAAGUGCAGCCUGAAAUUCUAUCCCAGGGCCAGGUUUUGGUACAGAAUGCUUUGGUGUCAGAAGAGGAGCUUCCAGCUGCAGAAGCUUUGGUCCAGUUGCCGUUUCAGACUCUUCCUCCUCCACAGACUGUAGCGGUAAACCUACAAGUACAACCACCAGCACCUGUUGAUCCACCAGUGGGAAUGCAUUUGAACCAGUGUCAUCUGCACAAAGUUUUUUCUCUUAAGGUGUAUCAAGUAGAAGAUGUGUGUGAAGAAGAAAUGCCAGAGGAGUCAGACGAAUGUGUCCGGAUGGACAGGACCCCACCGCCACCCACACUGUCCCCGGCAGCUAUCACCGUGGGGAGAGAAGAUCUGACUUCUGAACAUCCUUUGUUAGAGCAAGUGGAAUUACCUGCUGUGGCAUCAGUCAGCGCUUCAGUAAUUAAAUCGCCUUCAGAUCCUUCACAUGUUUCUGUUCCUCCUCCUCCACUUUUACUUCCAGCUGCUACCACAAGGAGUAAUAGUGCAUCUGUGCCCAGUAGCAUUCCCAGUAUAGAAAACAAACCUCCACAGGCCAUUGUUAAACCACAGAUCUUGACACAUGUCAUCGAAGGCUUUGUGAUUCAGGAGGGAUUGGAGCCAUUUCCUGUGAGUCGUUCAUCUUUGCUAAUAGAACAGCCCGUGAAAAAAAGGCCUCUUUUGGAUAAUCAGGUGAUAAAUUCUGUGUGUGUUCAGCCAGAGCUACAGAACAACACAAAGCAUGCAGAUAAUUCAUCUGAUACAGAGAUGGAAGACAUGAUUGCAGAAGAGACAUUGGAAGAAAUGGACAGUGAGUUGCUCAAGUGUGAAUUCUGUGGGAAGAUGGGAUAUGCUAACGAAUUUCUGCGGUCAAAGCGCUUCUGCACUAUGUCAUGUGCCAAAAGGUACAAUGUUAGCUGUUCUAAAAAAUUUGCACUUAGUCGUUGGAAUCGUAAGCCUGAUAAUCAGAGUCUUGGGCAUCGUGGCCGUCGUCCAAGUGGCCCUGAUGGGGCAGCAAGAGAACAUAUCCUUAGGCAGCUUCCAAUUACUUAUCCAUCUGCAGAAGAAGACUUGGCUUCUCAUGAAGAUCCUGUGCCAUCUGCUAUGACAACACGCCUGCGAAGGCAGAGUGAGCGGGAAAGAGAGCGUGAGCUUCGGGAUGUGAGAAUUAGGAAAAUGCCUGAGAACAAUGACUUGCUACCAGUUGCACAAACAGAGCCCUCUAUAUGGACAGUUGAUGAUGUCUGGGCCUUCAUCCAUUCUUUGCCUGGCUGCCAGGAUAUCGCAGAUGAGUUCAGAGCACAAGAGAUCGAUGGACAGGCCCUUCUCUUGCUAAAAGAAGACCAUCUUAUGAGUGCAAUGAAUAUCAAGCUGGGCCCAGCCCUGAAGAUCUGUGCACGCAUCAACUCUCUGAAGGAGUCUUAACAGGAUCAGGAGCCUUUGAGAUAACAGGAGUUUUACUCUUCUUAAACAAACUCGUAAGGUUGGCCUGAAGGCCUGGAAUAUUAUCACUUAUUGUGGUGGAUAGCCAAGUACAUUGGGAUUUCCACAUCAGAAGCUGAUAUUUCUUCUACAGAUACAAUAAUUCAUCAUAAAUUUUCAUAAUCAGCCAACAUUGGUGAAAUUCAUUUUACAGGUGACACACAACAUAAAGACUUGUUACAGAGGGCCAUGAUAUUUUUCAAAGAAAUAUGUUAUAGUACAUAAUUUUUUAAGAAGUAAUGUUUAUCAUUAAUAUAAAGAAUUCUUUUAAAAGUAAUUUAAUGAUUUAUGUUUUUCCUCUUUUGAACCAAUUUUGUUAUACGCUUUCCUACUCUAUAAGUUUUCCACAGGUUGUCAUGAGAGAUAAUUUAGGAGUCCAGUGACAAGGAUCGUAUGCAGUGAGCUACCAGAGCAUCUUAAAAGAACAUGUCUGUUAGAAAGCUGCUUUGUCUGUAAAAAAGAAUUGCAUUCUAGCAUGAAUAAUACUGAUCUGGAAGUCCGAAGAGUUGGUUUCUGUUCCAAACUUGACCAAGAAUUUGUUGUAGCUGGAAAGUUUUCCUCUUAGGUUUUGUACAUCUAGAGCUAUGGUUCCCAACGGAGAUCAGUUUUGCUGCCCAGGGGACGUUUUGGUUGUCACAGCUUGUGUGGAUGAGGGUGGGUGGCUCUUGUGCUAACACAUGGAGGACAGGGGUAUUGCUGUCUCUCCCACAGCACACAGGACAGCCCUCCACAGCAGAGUUACGCGGUCCAGAAUGUCAGUAGUGCCAGGGUUGAGAAACUCUGGGGCAGGAAUUACAAACAUUUCUCUUUUUCAUCCAAAGGCAUACUUUAUCCAAUGGAAAUAUUUCAGAUAUUAUCAGUGUUCUGCUGAAGUAUUUUCCCCAGUGUUUGCAUACUAGAAAAGUGGUGGUGGGGGGGACCAUUAAAUUGACUGAUAAAGUGAAGACUAGCAUACAAGGAAUUUGAGUCUUAGAAGAUGUUUUAUAUUACCUGCAAUAUCUCCCUGCUCUGAUGUUCCUAUACAGAAGGCAUAAUCUGAUUCUACCUUAUGAAUCAGUGCACGCACAGCCUUUGCUGACAAAGCAAUUGUUUGUUUGUGGUAGGCUUAUAUGUGUGGUCUUUGGGGUUUUUCUAAUGUUGAACAUGCUGGGUCUAGCUAGAAAGCAUAUUCCUUUUUCCUUGACUCAAGCCCUGCAUACUGCUUCAAAGCACUUACCAAGUGAUAUCUCUUGGAUGGUGAAAUGUAAUUUUGUAUGUACAUGUUUCAGGGGAAGAAUUUUUAAAGCAGAACCUUUCACUGAACAGUUAGGGAUCUGUUAGAAUUAUGACACUAAAAGUUAUAAGAGUCCUAAGCGCUUUAUAGUCCUGGACAUCAAGAAUUUGAAUCUUUUUCAUCUUAUCUUUACCACACAAUGGGAAUGUUUUAUAACUGAAGGAACGUGCAUAGAUAUUUGGCGUAAGUGGGAAAGAGUCCAUGGGUUUCAGUCACGGUCACUGCUCUUUUCAGAAAGAUUGUGUUGAGCUAGUAGAAGACUUAAAGAUGUCACUGAGGACAUCACAGAUAUUUAUCUUUCGGCUUUGUGUACAUUAGAGAAUGUUGAUUAUUUUUAUACAAAAAUACAGCGGGUAAUUUUUUUAAUCUUUAGAUGCCUCUUGUUUGAAUGUAUGCUUUGUGGGAUUCUUUUGUGUAGUAACAUUUAAAAAACGAUGUUUACUGAUAGUUACAUGUAGGAUUAGAGUGUGUGUAGUACAGUGUAAGGCUCCUGUUCCAGACCUGCAAUAGCUUGUAGUCUGUGUUACAUAUUUCCUUGUGUCCCGUUUUUAACGAUCACAUUCAACUUUCAAGGUAAGGUAGGUACUCUGUAGGCAACUUUCACUUAUUAGCAUUUAAUCAUUGUGACAAGAGUUGUCACAGGCUUGAUUUUUUCCUUCAUGUUGCAAUUUCAGAACAAUUACAGAUGGCCCACUGUAUGGGGGUGGGGACACAAAGGAAUUAAAACUUGAUUAUAGAUAAACCACAGCUUAUGUAAAAUUGAUUAUUCGGGAGAGAUUCCCCUUGCAAUAAUGAUUACCUCCCAUGACUAUAUUAUCUAUAGCCUUCAAGGUGUUAGCUUUGGACUGUUACAGGUUCCCCUUUUAUUUACACCCCUUCCAAUAGCAGUCUUGUGCCUGGCACUGUGUUAAGUGUCCAAGAAAGCUUGCCAGAGGGGUUUCUAUGUGAGAGCACCUUAUAAUCUUCUAUCUCAUAAUAAUAAUAAUAAUAAUAAUCUUAAGAAUACUCUAGAUCUUCUGUUGUCUCCACUCAGAAAAUAGCAGAGAGUAUACUUGCUUUUUUCAGCUGAAUCUUUUCAUUUAGAAAUGGCUCCUGUGCUUUCAGCUGGUCAUUCUCACCUUCGAUGCAGCUGUUUUCUUUCAAGAUAAUUAAACCGUCUUAGUUUCAGUUAUGUAUAAUGGACAUGGGUGAUCACACUGGGUCUCCACCUCUCUCCUGAGCUUUAAGCAGUUUUCUUAUGAUAUAGAUGGGAAGAGUACAAUUAUUUUCAUUUUUCCUUCAUAUUAUUGUUUCAGAAUUUUGAUUGACGAGAGGGAAUGACAAGCAGAAAGGGGAUAUGGGACGCUCUUCCUACUUUUGCCACUUAAGUUCACAUUUUCUGACUUCUUUAAACAGAUGCAAUCUCUUUCCAUUGAGGGAAAAGCUUUAAGCCAUGCAUUCCUAAGAAAGUAAACAAGCAGAGAGAGCUGGUUUGUAAAAGUUAUUUUUCAAGUGACACGGGUUUUCAUCAGAAACCCUCACACCUGGGUGUCUGACACAGCCACGCAGCUUUGAUAACACUGGUGUGGUAUGAGACAGACUGCUGUCCCAAAACCUGUCACUUUUUAAAGUGGCAUUUAAGUAUUUCCAAGAUGGUAUUUCUGAUUUGCAGUGGCAUCCUGUAAACAGGGGUGUUUUUAGUCCCACUUUCAGGACUGUCACCUGGAAGGAGAGAAGGUGAAGUGGGAUGGGAGAGAUGCCCGUGAAGAGACUCGGGAAUGGGAGAGGCGGCUGCUGCGCUCAUUAGCUUAUCCCGCCUCAGCGCCGAGCAGGUGUCUGCACUUUGGAGCUAGUGCUCACGUUUUACCUAGUUUCAAAUGGAAAUGACUUUAAGUGGCCCACUGUUUUUUAUUUUUGUUUCCUGGUGUGUUGAAACACUUAGAAUUGUAUGAAAUAUUUUUAUGUCCAUGCCUUUGAAUAAUUUUUGACAUAGCUGAUUUUCAUAUAACCAGUGUGAAGUGACAGUCGGGCAUUUAUUCCAACACUGGUCGUAGAUUGAGAUCUGCCCCAGUGCCCCUGCCACUGAUGUGUUCAGUUCAAUGUUAUUAAGUCCCAUUGUCUGCAUUUGAAGGGUGUUGGCACAAGUGUGCUAGGGAGGCAAUAUAUAUAGAUUGUGUAGUCUUAGGUUGUGUUUACGAGUGUGGAAAUAGUUUCAGAAAGAAUAAACUAUUGUAGGUGUGUGUGAGUGAUGUUUCCGCACAGCUGUGUCAAAAGGACGAAAUCCCUGACUGGACACACUGUUCAAACAUUUUAAAGAUUACUGUCAACCAAAACAACCUGGUUAUAUUUUGUGGUUAGAAGAUCCUCGCUCUUAGUGAAUGGCAGGAACACACGCAGUGAUUGUGCACCUAGCAUAGAGCAUUACCUAGUGGCACGAAAGGGCCGCCCUCACACCUUACCCGCCUAAGCCUCCUCUAGCCCUAAACUCAGCGUGAAGACGUUCUUCUCAAAGAGACCUCUGCCUGAAAAUUCUCGGAGAGGGUCUUGCAGUGGGGUUAAUUUUAGGAAGGUAACUGGAAAGGGCUUUCUAGUUUCUAACCGUCAGGUUUCAGUGAAACCUCUGGGGCAGCAGAACCGGCACACCUGUCUAUGCACAGUGUUCGCUGCAGCUGCUCCCUGUGCGUUUUCCAGGGUGGAGGGUUGGGAAGUGGGGAGGAGACCACGGACAGGAGGAAGAGCGCUCCAGACCCAAGGGGACAGCACGGUUGACUGAGUGAGGUCAUGCAGUACAGAUAGGCCUCCAGUAGUUCAAAAUAAUAAAUUGUAAUGGCUGGACCCCUGUUACACAAUAACAGGGUAUAGUGUUUAGUGUGUUGGGAUUUACCUGUAUUCAGCCUCCAUUCUUUCACUCUGUGUCAGGUGGCCCUGCCCUUAGGAGCACAUUAAGAGUUCCAGUGAUACAUGAGUUACUUUUGACUUUGAAAGAGGCGACAGCUAUUGUUGUUGGAAAGUAUUUGUCAAAACCUCAAAGGUUAAUCAUUAUCAUUGUAAUCAGUUAUUGAGUAUUCGCUUUCAGAUGCCACAGUUGAGUCAACCUUAUCAAUUUUUAUAAAGAAAAGCAGUUUUAAGAUCAUAUUUUAGUUGCUAGUUUGUGUCUCAGUCCAAGAAUUGGAUGGCUAAGAGCCGGCUGUAAGUUUUUCUUGAUCAGUGUGGAUUUCCGUCAACGCAAGCCUGCCUCUGUUUCUUUGAUGCUGCGCAGAUCACACACUCUUCCAUUCUCACUCGAAUCUGUUCAGAACAUUUGAUUUCAUCUUAAAGGUUGAUUCAAUUUAGAUAAGCACAAAUACAGUAUUAGGGAAAGUAAAUAUGCAAUUUUACUAAAAUUUAAUUUCAACCUGUUAAAAGCUAUAUAUCUUUAAAAGAAUUCUUUGGGAAGCUAAUCCUCUUUGGUUAGAAGUUCAAAAAACACGUCAUCAUAUAAUUUCCUUCAGAGCGGCAAUACAAGCCAUUUCUUCAAUUAAAAAAUGUUAAAAAUUAUGUUGUCUUUAGAAAAAGUUUCCUAAAUUUUUAAGCAUUCUAGUUUUACACAUUAUUUUUAGAGCUGAUUUAAUCUAACUUAAUAAUAUAAGAAAGCUCUUUUUGAAAGUUGUAAAGCACUAAUACAAAUGUAAUUAUUACCAUCAUAUUCCACAGCAAAACAUUGUUUUCUGCACGCGCACUCUGGUUAGUGUGCACAGAGGGGGUGACCCCUCCCUUUCCAGGUCUGACACCCGGCACCUCCAGUGGAAACGGUCCCCUUCUGCUCGGACGGACGACCUUUCAACAGAGUGCCAUGUCUGUGGAACCCUUUGGGAAAUGUUUUCCACGAAUGUUUCAUCUCUUUCCUUUUUAUAGCUUAUGAACAUUUAAUUUUAUUUAAGAUGACAUUUUUAACCUCGGAUGUUAAAGAGGUACUCUAGAAAGAUAUUUUUUUCUAUUGUCUUUGAAAAAUACAGUUGCUGUCAGUGAUACCAGGGGUGUAAAUAUGCAUCCACAGAAAGAAAACCUGUGCAAAGGUGUUUAAAUCUAUUCUUUAAAAGCAUAGUAAUUAAUGAAGCUUAAUUUGGAGAAAGAAAUCAAUGUAAAUUAAAAGUUACACUGCUGUGGCAUAGUUUAAAAUUUGAGAGUAAUAUAAUAAGUCCUUUUAGAUGACCUAUUUAAAUUGACUGUAGUAAUCUUCUUAAAGAUUGAUAGUAGCCAUCAUUAUUGGCCCAAAAGUUACACUUUUGGAAAUAUUAUCAGUGCUAAAUCUGUGUUUUGGGAGCUUUAAUUGAUGGAGGUGAAGAAGUCAGUUUUUAUGAGGGUGGUGGGGCUGGGAGUGAAAUAAACAUGAAUCUAUUCAAGUUUUCGGUCUUGCCUCAAAACACCAGAAGUAUCCAUUGUUUAAAUCUUUGUUUAGAAUGUUAGAAGCCAUAAUCCUUUUUGUUUUAGGUAGUACUAAAUAAUCUGCUUCAAUAAUUAAGCAAUAGAUGAACAUAAUCAUUCUGUUACUGUGAUGAACGGGCUUUAUUUUACAUGCAUUUGAUGAAUUAGCUAUGACAGUGUAAGUUACUUUCCUUUUAACCCGUUUCCUCCUCUGAAUAUACAGCACGGAGCCUGUCCUACUCAAAAUGUUGGUUUGGGUUAAAUCAUCUAUGAGUUUCCUCCCAGCUCUAAAACUAUAAUUUGGGGCCACAUAAUGGGAUAUUUUUAAGUUGCUCCUACUUAAUUCUCACUCCCUUUUAACAGUUCAUUUCAUACUUCUGAGCUAUUGCUAAAAGAUCAUUAUUAAGCAUUAUUUCCUUGGUCAUCUUGUUUUUGUUGUCCUAAGGGAUGAGGCAGAAAAUUCAGACAGACAAGCAAAUGCGGACAUUUUUCUAAAUUUCUCCUGCUAGUUAACCACGGAAUCUGUGAACACACAUGAACAGUAUCAUUCAUCUGUUCAUCCAUUCACUUAGCAAACCAUUUGAACAUUUACUAUGUGCGGUGUGUGCUGCACAUGACCUAAGGGACUAGUAAUAAGUAAACAGAAUCUCUCCAAACAAAAUUCUGAUUGCAUUUUAAACAGAUAUACACAAUUAUUAUUACUUAAUGCACUGACUGUACAGUUGGGACUGAGGGAAUUUUUGUAUGCAUUGGGAAGGAUUAGGCUAGAUAUGUAAGGGUCUCAGUGAAUCACUAAACAUCAGUCAGUCAUAUACCUGAUUAGGUUAUAAAAUUAAGGGUACUAAUACUAAGAAUUUAUAUUUUGAGACUGUUGUGACAGCCCAUAUUUCUAAGAAUCAUUUUGACACUUGAAUCUAUUCCAGAAGUGUUACUAUGCAGGGUGUGUGACAACCAUACAGACACUGGUGCUGACUUACUAUAAAUUUUUUAAAUUAUUUUUUUAUUCUAUUAUAGUUGUCCCAGUCUUUGCCCAUUGCUCUCCCCUGCCCCGCCCACCCGACUUACCAUACAGUUUAACUGUAAAAGCUUUACACCCAGUAUUGACAGUGAAGUAAUUAUCUAAAACUGAAAAAUCUCAAAGGACAUAGCUGAACAGGUUUUGUUUUUUAUUUGGUUUUGGUUUAUUUUUAAAACAAGAAAGUACAUAAAAUAACUUUUAUUAUAAAUACCUAAUCUUUAGAAAGCACAUAUUACAUAGUAAAGGGGUCUCCUUUGAAAUGUAGAACUAGUAAACAUAAAAGAAUUCUUUUUUGUUGUUGUCAUUUUUUUAUCCUCACCUGAGGUCAUUUUUUCAUUGCUUUUUAGAAGGGGUGGGGAGAAGCACUGAUUGAUUGCUUCUCGUACACGUCCCCAACCAAGGAUCUGCAGCCUAGGCUUGUGCCCUGACAGGGACCGAAACUGCAGCCUUUCGGUGUGGGGCUACCCUCCAACCAACGGAGCCGCCCAGUCAGGGCAAGAGUUCAGUGUUUAAACUGACAGCUAUUUGGGGAGUGAGCAUUGAAUGGGAUCAAUUCUUAACUGGGUAGAGGACUCCUUACCACAUGAGGAUUCUGUGAAUCACACUGUAAUCAUCUUAUUAAUACAGCUUUAUAUAUAUUAACAUUGCUUGAUACUAACAUUCUAUAAAGAUUUUUAAACAACCUAAUAUUAAAAAAUCCUUUUAUGCAUCAAAGUCACAGCUUCUUAAAAACAGGAAUACUGACAUCCAAGUAAUUUGAUAGUCUAGAUUUAAAAUUUUUUGCCAUGGCACAGUCUGUCUUAAUUUACCCAAUUUAAGAAAUAUUUUAUGCUGUUAAAAUAUAUAUUGCAUAAAUACUUUUUGUAUAUAUAUAUUAUUUAAAUUUAAAAAGUCAUUGGAGUUUGCAAGGAUGGUAUGAUUGUGGAUGUUUCCAGAACGUUUAACCACGUUCCCAAUCACCUAAUUCAAAAUCUUGGUCAUUUUGUUUUUUUGCCAUAGGGGGAAAAAGUCAAAGUAGGUUCCAACAUUACCCUCCGAGUGAGGAGCACGCCGGUGGUGAGCGCUGCAGCGGCCGAGGGCUGUGUGCGGGGCGGCUGCCAACACUGGCGGUGGGCAUGUAGGGCUUCUGCUGGGUCAGUGCUUUUUGUCUUGGUGGGUAAUAUUUUUUGGUUGUUGGUUUAACAAAGGCAAAUUAUGAUAAACUGGUUUUAUAAAACAUACUAAUUUUUGAUGCUUCAAGCACACAUUAACUGAUUUUUAUUCCUCCUUUUGGUUCCUCACAUUGUUCUUAAAUAGGACUUUCAUGUUAUUAAAGCCUCAAAAGCUGAUCCACCCAGGAUGAAGCAUCACCAAGGGGAGGAAAACAUUUUUUAUCCUUACAGAAAACAAAUGUUAAGAUUAUAUAUAAAUGUAUUCUUUACAUUGGAUAUUGUAUUAGAGUCCUCCUUACAGGAAAUUGAAUAGUUUUAGCACUCCUAGCAUUAGCAUUCUUAGAUUGGUGUCUGUAGCUACAGUUUUCAAAUGUAUAACCUGAAAAUGAAGUUAAUUUUCCAUUAUAAGAGCACACCAUGAUCUAUGUAAAAAGAUUGUCCAUUUGGUGUAUUUUUUUAAAAAAGAGAAGGCACUUUCAUAUUAACAGGUAGCAUGUAUAUUAAUUUUAGAUUUCCAUAUUUGUUGUGUCUGUAUUCAGUAAAGUUAAAAUUAAGCAUUCAAAUGUUUGUUGAUGGCAACAUUAACUGUUAAAUUAAAGCACCUUAUACUCUGCUGCUUAAACUUGCUUGUAAUUGCACCUUUGUUACCUGCACAUUUUCACAUAGAAUAUUGUUGUAACAUUGCUUCAUGUGGGUCUGGAUGGAAGGUUAGUGGGCCUGCAGGAUCAUUUAUUUAUGUUGUUUAUAAUUCAAUAAUAUAUUGUAGACCAGCUGUUAAGUUCAUUUCUUUAAAAAUAAAAGCCUCUUCCAUUUG